AUGUUUCCCAGCACAGUACUUUUUGGCUUUUUCCUCAUAUCACAGGUUUGUAUUGGUGUCCUCACAAACUCAUCACUGUUCAUGGCAUUGAUGUAUACCUUCUUAACUCAACCUCAGCUUAUGAGGCCCAUAGAUUCCAUUAUGAUUCACAUGACAGUGGUGAAUAAUUUGACUAUCAUAGUCACACUUACACCAUAUAUCAAGGCAUCUUUUGGGGUAAGACACUUUUUGAAUGAUGCUGGCUGUAAGGUAAUUUUGUAUGCAUACAGAGUUACCCGAGGUGUGUCCAUCUGUACUACCUCACUUAUGAGUACAUUUCAAGCCAUCACUAUCAGCCCCAUUACUUCUAAGUGGGCACGGCUCAAGUCUAAACUCUCUGCAAUGAUUAUUCCUUCUUUGCUUAUCUUCUGGAUCAGCAACUUACUCAUUUACAUCUUUGUUAUUGAAAACAUAAGAGCAAACGGCAAUUUUUCUCUUGUCGGUCGAGGGUAUUCUCAUGUAUAUUGCCAAUCUAGACAAAUGACAACCAUGUCUUCAUGGUCCUUAAUAAUCCUCAUGUUGGCCUGUGAUUUUGUGUUUUUGACACUCAUGAUCUGCACCAGCCUCUACAUGGUGAGUCUCCUCUACAGACACCACAGGAGAGCCAAGUAUGUCCAUAGACCCUCUUACCAGACACCUGCAGAAAUCAGAGCAACUCAAAUCAUUGUCUUGCUGCUGAGUUGCUUUGCGUUAUUCUAUUGUUCAAACAAUAUUUUCACUUUUUAUUCCAUUUCUACAUACCAGAAAAUUCCUGCUUUAGAAGGGAUUAGUGCAAUGUUAUCAUCAUGUUAUCCAACAAUUUCUCCUUUGUUUCUGAUAAAAAGUAAUAAAAUGGUUUCCCAAUUUUUCUGUUUUGCAGUGAUGAGGUUUAUCCGUCCUCAAACUACUUUCAAUGGCUAA